CGCGGCCCGGGCGCGGGCGACAUGGAGGAGCUGCUGAAACGGGAGUUGGGCUGCGGCUCCGUCAAGGCCACGGGUCACUCGGGGGGUGGGUGCAUUAGCCAGGGCCGGAGCUACGACACGGACAGAGGACGAGUGUUUGUGAAAGUGAACCCCAAAGCGGAGGCCAAAAGGAUGUUUGAAGGUGAGAUGGCAAGUUUAACUGCCAUCCUAAAGACAGGCACAGUGAAGGUGCCCAAACCCAUCAAGGUUCUCGAUGCCCCGGGAGGUGGCAGCAUGCUGGUGAUGGAGCAUUUGGACAUGCGGUAUCUGAGCAGUCAUGCUGCAAAGCUUGGAACCCAGCUGGCAGAUCUACACCUGGACAACAAGAGGCUUGGAGAGACUCUGCAGAAGGAGGCUGGCACAGUGGGGAAAGGAGGUGGGCAAGUGGAGCGGCCCUUUGUGGACCAGUUUGGCUUUGACGUGGUGACGUGCUGCGGGUACCUCCCCCAGGUGAACGACUGGCAGAGGGACUGGGUCACGUUCUAUGCCCGGCAGCGCAUUCAGCCCCAGAUGGACCUGCUGGAACAGGGGUCUGGGGACAGGGAGGCCCGUGAGCUCUGGGCUGCUCUGCAGUUAAAGAUCCCUGACCUGUUCCAUGAUCUGGACAUCGUCCCAGCCCUGCUCCAUGGAGACCUCUGGGGAGGAAACGUGGCGGAGGAUUCCUCUGGGCCCAUCAUUUUUGACCCAGCUUCCUUCUAUGGCCACUCGGAGUAUGAGCUGGCGAUAGCUGGCAUGUUCGGGGGCUUCAGUGGCUCCUUUUACUCCGCCUACCACAGCAAAGUCCCCAAGGCCCCAGGCUUUGAGAAGCGCCUUAAGUUGUAUCAGCUCUUCCACUACUUGAACCACUGGAAUCACUUUGGAUCAGGGUACAGAGGGUCCUCCCUCAGCAUCAUGAGGAAUCUCAUCAAAUGAGCUCUGGAGGGAGGCCUGAGUUCGGGUUACCAGAUCCUAACCUGACGCCUGUGGCCAGCCUCUGGUUCCUCCUCAGCCUCUUCUUCAGGGAUUCUUCCUUUCUUCACACCCUGGAGUAGCUUCAGACCAACUUUCCAAGCCUUGUAAAGUAAGUGACAUCUCAGAAUAAAGGUUUUAUCACCCUAAAGUUAGACUUCAUAGCUGGAUAAAACUGCACUAGAAAUUGGAUGUGAACCAAGGGACCAAUGGAGGGUGGGCUGCAUCCAACCCGCAGCUGCCCCGAAGGUAAAGAAGGGAGGUAGCCAGAGUGCCAGGUGCUGCCACCAAGGGCACCUUCCCACCGGCUCCCUGUCUCCUCUCCAGGAAUGACCGCUGUCCGGGGUAAUGCUUCUUGGUGGGUCAGACUUGGGUCUAGACAUGAAGGUGUCGUCCUAGGAGCACCUCCUGAUGAUCAGUCCCAAACUCAGCACAUUCCCUUUCCUUUCUGUGCUGCCACUGGACUUGCCGAGUGGAGGCGGAGCAGAUCUGGACGCAUUCUGGGAGGGACCAAACUGCUCGCCUCAGUGUCCCUGGUCGAUUUAGGAGCCAGGGAACUGCUUCUGUUAGCAGCCCGUAAACUGCCGAUUUCUAAAGCUUGUGAGUUGUCAUUCAUUUGCACCGUAGAAACCAGCACUAAACCAGUGGUUUCCCUGCUUCAGUCUUGCAGUGGUGAGAAAUGUUCGUGAAUGGCAUUGAUGGUAACAAAUCCCUUUAUGUAAAAAUCUGAAUAAACUUUCAGUGGUUUCAGUGAUACGUGAGUGUUUAUUUCCCUUGUUUAAAUCAUAAUUCAAUACUUAUCGGAGCUGUUUGCCAGAAAACCUUUGUAAUAUAUUCUGAAAAUAAAUAGGUACAACUGUUUUCUUAAAAGAACACUUUUUUUCUUGGCUUUGAUCAGUAAGAGAAUAGAUCAGAGCUUCCAGAUAAGGACAGGUGCACGUGUGGCCUGAGGACUUGUUGCUAUGUGACUCAGGUCCAGUUUAACUGCUGUUCUUCUCAACCCUGUGAGAUUUGGUUAACAGUAAAGGAAGGUUGAAGAUAACUAUCAAAUUGCAUUUCAGGGAAGAAGCCAGUUGGUGGCCCCUACUAGCUCUGGCUCAGGGCUUGGAGGAUGUGGGUGUUAGACAGGACAGUGUUUCAUG